UCUCCGUUUUUUUCUUGACCUGCUAUGGCUCGCACUAAGCAGACCGCUCGCAAGUCCACCGGCGGCAAGGCCCCGCGCAAGCAGCUGGCCACCAAGGCCGCCCGCAAGAGCGCCCCGGCCACCGGCGGCGUGAAGAAGCCCCACCGCUACCGGCCCGGCACCGUGGCGCUGCGCGAGAUCCGGCGCUACCAGAAGUCGACCGAGCUGCUGAUCCGCAAGCUGCCGUUCCAGCGCCUGGUGCGCGAGAUCGCGCAGGACUUCAAGACCGACCUGCGCUUCCAGAGCUCUGCGGUCAUGGCCUUGCAGGAGGCCAGCGAGGCUUACCUUGUGGGUCUGUUUGAGGACACCAACCUGUGCGCCAUCCACGCCAAGCGCGUCACCAUCAUGCCCAAGGACAUCCAGCUUGCCCGCCGCAUCCGCGGGGAGAGGGCAUGAGCAGAUUUUCUACAUUGACGCACAACGAAAGCUAAAACGGCUCUUUUAAGAGCCACCUUUAUUAUCCACCAAAAGACGCUGUAGUACAGGCUGGCAGGGUCUGUCCCUGUGUUCCCAAUUUUAUUUAGUUGUCUUUCAUGAACUUGAGUAUCAACCACACAAGCAGUUUAAGAUGUCUAGAAGCAAGGCUUUCAGGGCGCUUUCUGUCUGAUCUGCUUUCAACUAGAAUUGACAGGUUCUCACGGUCUUAGAUCUUCUUGCCCUGGGAGUUAAAGGCCUGUGCCUGGCUCAGUUUAUCAACUAGUUGAGGAUUCCAUCGAAAUAACCUUCCCGACUACUGGGAUUACAAGCCAGUGCUACUACCUAGCCAAGUUGAGUAUUUUUUGAAGAUGUAACAUAAAGGUUAAACUACCAUUGA